GUGCCCACCUUUGUCCUAAUUCUAUUGGCUACCCGUCUCCGACGCUAAUCUCUGAUUGGCCAAAGCAUCUGUUGUUUCCGCUGCAUGCCAGCUUCACUGUGGCGUUUUAUGAGGACUUCUGUUGAUCCGAAUUCAAAACACAAAACCUCUGGGUACUGAGUGGCUGGCCAUGGCGUCUGACUCCCCGCGCAGACCGAGCCGCUGUGCUGGUGGGGUUGUGGUUCGAGCACAGGCUGCAACAGAGCAGUCAUACAUGGAGAGCGUAGUUACGUUCCUGCAGGAUGUAGUCCCUCAGGCAUAUACUGGGACACCUCCAAAUGAUGAAAAAGAGAAGAUAGUUUGGGUCCGUUUUGAAAAAACAGACAUCAAUGAUGUGGCCCGCUUACCAGAGUUCCAAGAGAUGCAUGGCAGCGGCACUGACCCGCCUCUCUGCUUGAUGAUUGGCUACACAGAUGGAAUGCAGAUUUGGAGUAUAUCACUGAACGGGGAGGCGCAGGAGCUGUUCUCGGUGCGGCACGGACCUGUGAGAACUGCUAGGAUCCUACCUGCUCCUCAUAUCAGUUCCCUCAACACUGACAGCUUCGCUGAGAAACGGCCCCUCCUCGGUGUGUGCAAGAGCUCGGGCUCUUCGGGGACAAGUCCCCCUUAUUGUUGUGUGGAUCUUUAUUCCUUGAGGACAGGAGAGAUGGUCAAGUCCAUACAGUUUAAAACGCCCAUCUAUGAACUGCAUUGCAACAAAAGUAUCCUCGUCGUUAGUCUUCAAGAAAAGAUCGCUGCAUUUGACAGCUGCACCUUUAUGAAAAAGUUCUUUGUCACAAGCUGCUACCCCUGUCCUGGGCCCAACCUAAACCCCAUAGCUCUGGGAAGCCGGUGGUUAGCCUAUGCUGAGAACAAGCUGAUCCGGUGUCAUCAGUCCCGUGGUGGGGCCUGUGGAGAUAAUGCCCAGUCCUACACUGCCACUGUCAUCAGUGCUGCUAAAGUGAGUAGAACGGGCCUGACCAUGGUGGGGAAAGUCGUGACCCAGCUUGCUGGUACACUGCCAUCAGGGGCACCCGACGAAGAGGGCACUGCCCAUAGCGGUACCCGCCGCAGCCCUCACCAGCCUGGUGUGGUCACCAUCAUAGACACACACACUGUGGGAGAAGGACAGGUUCUUGUUAGUGAGGAUUCUGAUGGAGAAGGAGUGAUUGCACAUUUUCCAGCACAUGAUAAGCCUAUAUCCUGCAUGGCGUUUAAUCCGAGUGGUAUGUUACUCGUGACUGCAGACACCCUUGGCCAUGACUUCCAUGUUUUCCAAAUCUUGACUCACCCAUGGGCGUCUUCCCAGAGUGCAGUUCAUCAUCUAUACACACUUCACAGAGGAGAGACUGAGGCUAAGGUGCAGGACAUCUGCUUCAGCCAUGACUGCCGCUGGGUGGUGAUCAGUACUCUUCGAGGUACAUCUCACGUCUUUCCCAUCAAUCCGUACGGUGGAGCGCCAUGCGCACGCACACACGUGUCUCCACGUGUGGUGAAUCGCAUGAGCCGUUUCCAAAAGAGUGCUGGACUAGAGGAGAUCGAGCAAGAGCUGAGCAGCAAACAGGGAGGACGAUGUAGCCCUAUUCCUGGCCUCUCUAGUAGCCCAUCUGGAUCACCACUACAUGCCAAACUCACCAGUCAAGAAUCCUAUAACAACUUCACUAACAACAACAUGGGUAACCCACGCCUGUCUCCACUACCCAGUUUGACGGUUGUGCUUCCACUGGCUCAGAUCAAGCAGCCGAUGACCUUAGGCACCAUCACCAAGCGCUCUGGGUGGCCCUACCUCUUUGGGGCUGGAUGUUUUUCCAUUAAAACUCCAUGCAAAUCCAAGCCACCUCCCCAGAUCUCUCCCAGUAAGUCCAGCGGUGGGGAGUUCUGCGUGGCUGCAGUCUUUGCCUCCUCACACUCUUGGUUCAUCACCAACCCCAACAUGAAGAGAGAGAAAGAUCAGUCUCGCCAGGCUGUUGUUGAAUCGCUGUACAUCCUGAGUUGCUACGGAAACCUGGUGGAGCACAUGCUGGAGCCUCGUCCAAUCAGCACGGCGCAAAAGAUAGGCGACGACACGCCACUGGAGUUGAACACCUGUCCGAGAGCCUGUUGGAAUCUAGCCAGGACACUGCAGUGGAAUGAGCUACAACCACCUUUCAACAGCAACCACCCCUUGGUGCUUGCCUCAGACUUUGUGCAGUACUAUCAAUACCUCCUGGCUGGAUGUGCUCCUCCUGGUAGCCCUGGCCCCAUUACCCGGCAUGAGUCUUAUGACAGUUUGGCAUCCGAUCACAGUGGUCAGGAGGAUGAAGAAUGGCUCUCACAGGUGGAGAUUGUGACCCACACCGGCCCUCACAGGAGACUCUGGAUGGGCCCUCAGUUUCAGUUCAAGACCAUCCAUCCGUCGGGUCAGACCACUGUUAUCUCCUCCAGUUCCUCUGUACUGCAGUCACAGGGGCCCAGCGACACCCAGCAGCCUCUUCUUGAUUUCGACACAGACGACCUGGACCUGGACCUGCACAGCCUCAGAAUCCAGCCAGUGCGUUCGGAACCCGUUAGCAUGCCUGGCUCGUCUCGCCUGGUGGCUGACCGUAGAGGCCAGUCUACAGUCAUAGAUACCGGCUCAGGCAUGUUUGACCGCAGCGUCACCCUGCUGGAGGUGUGUGGCAGCUGGCCUGAGAGUUUCGGACUGCGUCACAUGUCCUCUGUGGAAGCCACAGAAGAGGGCCUGAAGGAGAGGCUGGCAGACGCAAUGUCAGAGUCGCCCAGCAGAGAUAUUGUGGGCUCUGCUACAGAGCUGCAGAGGGAGGGAAGCAUCGAGACGCUCAGCAAUAGUUCUGGCUCCACCAGUGGCAGCAUUCCCCGAAACUUCGAGGGCUACCGGUCCCCUCUCCCCACCAAUGAGAGCCAGCCCCUCAGCCUCUACCCCACCACAUUCCCCUAAAAACCAGUCGUCCCACCCACAUCUCAGACCCAAGGAAACCUCUCUGU